UGGAAAAUGUUGUUGUUAACAUCAUAUUGUUCUUGUCGCAUUAAAUUAUAAUUUUUGGUUUGGGCAUCAUGAAUUUUUGGUGCGUCAAAUCUGCAACAAAAGUCAAAAUCCCUUCACUCAUUCAAACAUCUACACGCGCAAUUGCAGUGGGUGGGUGUGGGUUUGCAGAUUAAUUCCAUUUCUUCAUCACCUUUCUUAACAUUUUCGUCAUUAAUUACGUCGAAGCUUUUACACAAUCUCUUUCGUAGAUCAGAGAACAGAUUAAUUAACUCUAUUCUAUUCGAUUCCCUUAUAUAAUAAUCUGGGUUCCUCUUUUUCUCUCUCUAAACAUAUGCAUAUUUCGAGAAAUCAACAUUACGACGAAAGAGAACAAGUGAAGAAUUGUAUCACAAGAUCUCGAUUUUUUUACUUAUCGAGAUCGUUUUAAUGGGGGAACUUCUCUUCUCCUUCAAUAAGGAUACUCUUACAAUCAAACCUCCAAAAAAAGCUUCAUUGGUGUUGAGAUUAAUGCUAUCAGCAUUCGCAAUGGUGUGUGGUAUUUAUAUAUGUUCCAUUUGCUUAAAACAAAUGAAUCUUCAAAACAAGAACAAGUUUUUAUUCUUCGAUGACUUCGAGAGGCCAUGUUCUGAUACAAUCGUUGAUCGUUCCCAAAUCCCUUUCUUGCAUUACCCAAAACCGAAAACUUUCAAUAGGUCAGAAUGUUCGGGAAACCCUGUGAAGUUGUUUGCGAUUGUGUCUAUGCAAAGAUCGGGAAGUGGGUGGUUUGAGACUUUGUUGAAUAGUCAUGUAAAUGUGAGUUCAAAUGGAGAGAUUUUUGGUCCAAAAAGUAGAAGGAAUAAUGUUUCAUCGAUUAUUCAAACACUUGAUAGAGUUUAUAAUCUUGAUUGGUUUACUAGUUCUUCAAAGAAUGAAUGUUCUGCUGCAAUUGGCUUCAAAUGGAUGCUUAAUCAGGGAUUGAUGCAACAUCCUAAAGAAAUAUCCGAGUACUUCAACGAUAGGGGCGUAAAUGUCAUUUUCCUCUUACGAAGAAAUAUGUUGCGUAGAUUGGUCUCAAUGCUUGCAAAUGCAUUCGAUAAAGAUGCCAAGCUUCUAAAUGGGGUCCAUGUGUCUCAUGUACACUCGCCUGAAGAGGCUUCUUUACUUUCUAAAUACAAGCCCAAUAUAAACAUAACAUCUUUAAAAUCGGAUUUAAGAGGAAUGGAAUCAACAUCAAUGAAAGCACUCAAUUACUUCAAUAACACAAGACACAUCAUCAUCUACUAUGAAGAUCUCAUUAGAGACCCUUCUCAGAAAAUGAUGCAAGUGGAAGACUUUCUAAAGCUGCCACGAAUGAAUUUGACGAGUCAACAAGUGAAGAUACACAAAGGGGCAUUAUCGGAACAUAUUAAAAAUUGGGAUGAAGUCAACAAGACUUUAAGUGGAACGGCUUAUGAGAAAUUUCUUCAAGCUGACUAUUGAUGAAACCCUUGUGUAAAUAAUCUAAUUCAAAUCAAUAGAAAAUGUUGAAAAUGGUGUUUUUUUGUUUUUUUAGAUAUGUGUUAGGUUAUACGUGUUGUUUUUGGUUGUAGGAAAUGAUUUGAGAAAGUGUAAUUAGGGUUAGGGAUUUUCGGUUAGUAUCUUGCUAGUUGUUGUGACAAUGUUGUUGGUGAUAUAUGAUAUACAUGUGUCAAAGUCUAUUUGACAAUGCAUAUUUUGGUUUU